AUUCCCUUCCCCCUCUUUCUGUGACAUAAAAAAAUAUUGCCUUCCGGCCAAAAAUAUCCCUCCCCCCCAAUUCUGUCAGAUCUUUGCUAUAGGUUUUUUGGUUGUUUUCAAUCAACCCUGCAAUGUUAGAAUUACUUUUGGGAGAGAGGGGGUUGUUGGUUGGCUGCAGCCGUGUUGGUCUCAGGACAGGCAGGCAAGGUUCUAAUAAAAGAGGCAGAUGUGACCUCUUUUAUUAGACCAACUAAACAGUCAGAAAUUUUAGUUGCAAAUUGGUCUUUGCAAGCUUUUGGGCACACACCCUUUUGGGAGGAAGACCCUGCCAGUGGGUCAAAGGUCUGAAGUUAAGUGUCUUAAAAAAUGUCCAGUCUCUGGUGCUUGCUCUUAGAAGAAGGUGGGAGGUUAUUUAGGACAGAUGUUGCAAUGGGGUAGGGAAAGACCUCGUGUGCAACUCUCCUCCAAUUAACUGCCUCGUGUCCAUAUCUCAUCUCUUAUUUGCACGGUAUUAAAAAUUAAAAAUAUAAAAAAUCCCACCCCCCCUUUGCCCGAAAGGAAGCAAACUUGUAGCUUCAAGCGUUUCCUUUUAGGAACCCCGUGUUUGUUUGUUUUUUUUAUUUGCUUUCCUGAGUUGAAAAGGCAAAGAGAAGGACCCUUCUAUUCUUGCAGUUAGUAGUAUGUGUACCCCCAAACAUAAAUUGUGCAAAAUCUUUUAGCAGCCUCUCAUAUGCUGCAGCUCUCGCUCUGCAAUCUGGUGGUAUUUGCCAGGAAGGGUGAAGUGCACCUCUCCCACAACUCAUCCUAAAUCCAGGGCUGGUUAUGUGCGUGCCAAGGUUAGCUCUCAUCUCUUUGCUUUUUAAGUUUGCCAGAACUAGACCUCUGUUUAAGUUAAAUCAGCACAUGCGUCUUGCACAGUACUUUAGCGAGUGGAUUACAAUGACAAAACCCUCCAUGUGUGCCUUACAUGAGAAAUCUUUUAUGCGAUGCUGUAUUAAGACUUCUUCUUUUUUUGUCAUAUUGUUUAGCCCUGGAAAAAAAUGAAAACAAAGCAAUUAAAAAGAUUGACAGGUAUGGGUUUGUGUGAGACCUAUUUGUAAUUGUCAGGGUGACGUUGGCAAGAGGAGGAGGAGUAAGAAACUGAAGCAGGAAAAGCAGCUCGAUGUGUCUGUCUAUCAGUUGAGACUGUCUGAAAGCUCUGGGAUCUGAAUGUGUGUUAUAUUUCAGUGAAAAGAGAAGAGAGGGAGAGUGGAUCUCUUUCUCUCCCAGGAGUUUAAAGGGGGGGGGGGAAACAGUUCACGUUAAUCUCUCCCACUCAGUGAAUAUCUUUGUUUUUUUCCCCCCCUUUGCACACACUCUCUGGGGUUUUUCUUGGUUUUGGCUUUUUUAUUAUUAUUUUAUUUUUCUAUUGCAGAUCAAGAUCAGCCAAAAAAAAUCCAUGAUAAAAAUGUGUUUGCAUUAUAUUUAGUAUCAGAAGAAGCUGCGAUUUGUGGAGGAAAAAAAAAAGGGGGCAGCAAAGCAGAAAAGUAGUCCUCUCCGGUGGUGACACUGUUUGAUCUGUGACUGUUUGGAAGGUGGAGGAGUGACUGACAUUUCCCAUCCGGUGUCUAUGUAUGUAUGGGGGCUUUACUCCUUUUUUUUUUUAUAUUCUUUGCUUUCUUGCUCUUAGACUAAGUGCUGGGAGGAGAAGGAGAGCCUGGAUCGACCUCGGUUUUUUUUGCACAAUGAAAAAACUAUUCUCAGCGCAAUAAUAAUAAUAAUAAUAAAACCCAACAACAACACCACACAAAUCCACGAGCUUGAAACAAGCCGGCGAGCCAGCGAGAGAGAAAGUUGCGCUUUGAGACUCUUUGAUCUUGGAGAAAGGCUGAGAAAGGGGAGGGGGGGAGUGACUGAAUUUACCGUCUCAUCGCUGCUGCUUGCUCAGUUCUCCACCAAGACGAAGAAGAAGUGAUUAAGGAAAGGAGGGGGAAAAAGGGAAAGAGAGAGAGAGAGAGGAAAAAAAAAAGGACGAACGAAAGAUAAUGGAUUUGGGCUGCAGAUUGAACUGAUCCCAUCUUAUUUAUUUUGCACAUCUCCACUUGCAUCUUCCCUGCUGCUGCUGCUGCUCAGAGGACUGAAGAGCUUUGUCUUCUAAGGAACUUAAAAGAGAGAGAGAAAAAAGAGAGAGAGAGAGAUCCAGGGAAGGAAAAUUAACCUUGUAAAUGAAAACAUUUCCUAAGCAAGUUUUUGGAGUGGUGGUGGAAAUUGGCACCCCUGUCACCCGUCUGUGGCUGGCCUCAUCCCACACCCCAGCACCCCCCCCUCCCUCCACACCCCACUCGCAUCUCCAGGAGCCGACCUGGAGGGGGGGGCCGAGCCACCGAGAAGAGAAGCCAAGCAAACUUUUUUUUUCUUCCUCCCCCCCUCCUCCUCCUCUCCCUCUCUCCCAUUCCUCCCCACCCUCCCUCUCUCCUCCUAGGCGGCAUUAGAAGUUGAAUCCCAUUUUCACUCCCCUUGCCCCCCCCUCCCCCUUCCCUCAUCCUUCCUUUUUUUUAUUUUUGUAUUUGUGUGUGUGUGUGUAUGUGUGUGUGCGUGUGCGCGCGUGUGUUUGUUUCUGCAUGAAAAGAGUGGGAUUGGAAGAGGAGUCCUGUGCGGAAACUCUCCAGCGGCGGCAGAGGAGGAGGGCGGCGGAGGAGGAGGCGGCAGCACCAGCAUGCCGAGGAGAAAGCAGCAAGCACCCCGGCGCUCUGCAGCAUAUGUUCCUGAGGAGGAAUUGAAAGCAGCAGAAAUAGAUGAAGACAGCGUGGAAGAUGAUGGGCUGUCUCUGGACAUCCAGGAGAGUGAAUAUGUGUGCAAUGAAGAAACAGAGAUCAAAGAGGCUCAAAGCUACCAGAACUCCCCAGUCAGCACUGCAACUAAUCAGGAUGCAGGCUAUGGUUCGCCGUUUAGUGAAAACAGCGAUCAACUGGCCCAUUUCAAAAGCACUUCCUCUAAAGAAGAGAAAGAGGAUCAUCAGUGCACAGACAAUGCUUCGUAUCCACAGGACAGCUUGGCACAAAUAAAAGCUGUGUAUGCAAAUUUACUCUCAGAGACUUGCUGGUCCAGUUUAGCUUUGGACUUGAAGAAAUCCAGUCCAGCCAGCAGCAACAACGGAAUAAGCCAGAAUGCAAAUGCCACCAGUCCCAACACUAAUACCAACACCCACAGUACUAGUACCAGUACCAAUACUAGUACCAGUACGAGUACCAGUAGUACUAGCAACAGUAACAGUGGUGGCUCAGGUUAUGACUGGCACCAAGCUGCAUUAGCUAAAACUUUGCAGCAGACCUCAUCAUAUGGACUUCUCCCUGAGCCUAGUCUGUUCAGUACAGUUCAGCUUUACCGGCAAAAUAAUAAACUCUAUGGGUCUGUGUUCACCGGCGCUAGUAAGUUUCGAUGCAAAGACUGUAGUGCAGCCUAUGACACACUGGUGGAGCUAACAGUGCACAUGAAUGAAACUGGACAUUACCGUGAUGACAACAGAGAUAAAGAGUCUGAUAAAACCAAGCGGUGGUCAAAGCCUAGAAAACGAUCACUUAUGGAAAUGGAAGGCAAAGAGGAUGCCCAGAAAGUGCUGAAAUGCAUGUACUGUGGGCAUUCAUUUGAAUCUUUGCAAGACCUGAGUGUCCAUAUGAUAAAAACAAAGCAUUACCAGAAAGUGCCUCUGAAGGAACCAGUACCAGCCAUCACUAAACUGGUCCCUUCUACCAAAAAGCGCGCACUGCAGGACUUAGCUUCACCUUGCUCACCUGAUCCAACAGGGAUCACUUCAGAGGCCACACUGCAGAGUGAGUCUGCAAAGGAUCAGAAAACUGCCAAUCCUUAUGUGACUCCAAACAAUCGCUAUGGCUAUCAAAAUGGUGCUAGCUAUACGUGGCAGUUUGAGGCCCGGAAAGCCCAGAUAUUGAAAUGCAUGGAAUGUGGCAGUUCCCAUGAUACUUUGCAGCAACUUACUGCUCACAUGAUGGUUACUGGUCAUUUUUUAAAGGUGACCAACUCUGCCUCCAAAAAAGGAAAACAACUUGUGUUGGACCCUGUGGUGGAGGAAAAGAUACAGUCCAUACCUCUACCACCAACCACCCAUACGAGACUACCAGCCUCCAGCAUUAAAAAGCAGCCAGAUUCUCCAGCUGGGUCCACAAACUCUGAGGAGAAGAGGGACCCAGAAAAGGAAAAGGUGGUGGUCAGUGAAACAGACAAAAAAAUUAAAGAGGAGAAUGAGGACUCUACUGAAAAAUUUGAGCCAACAACUUUGUAUCAGUACCUCAGAGAGGAGGAUCUGGAUGAUAGUCCUAAAGGUGGAAUAGAUAUAUUGAAAUCUCUAGAGAACACAGUGUCGACAGCUAUCAGCAAAGCUCAGAAUGGAGCACCUUCUUGGGGAGGGUAUCCCAGUAUUCAUGCAGCUUACCAGCUACCAGGAACAGUAAAACCCCUCCAACCCGCAGUGCAGAGUGUUCAAAUGCAGCCAUCCUACGCCAGCAGUGUAAAGUCACUGUCUUCAGAACACAAUGCACUAAUCCAUUCCCCAGGUAGCCUCACACCCCCACCACACAGAAGUAAUGUGUCUGCCAUGGAGGAACUGGUAGAGAAAGUUACAGGUAAAAUCAAUGUAAAGAAAGAGGACAAACCUGUGGAGAAAGAGAAAACUUCCCCAGUUAAACCGCUGUCACCUGCUGCUAAAGAAAACAAAGACUUUCCAAAGUCAGAGGAAAUAAAUAACAAACAGCAGCAGAAGAAGAGUCCUGAUGCAGAAGUUCAGAAGGUUAAAAAGGAUAGUUCAGUGGAAGUGCAUACACCAAAUGGUACAGAGCCACUCAAAGCAAAAGUUGCCAACGGCUGUAACAAUUUAGGGAUCAUCACAGACCAUUCACCUGAGCCAUCUUUCAUUAAUCCAUUGAGUGCUUUACAAUCCAUUAUGAAUACCCACUUAGGCAAAGUUUCUAAGCCGGUAAGCCCCUCUUUGGACCCUUUGGCCAUGCUUUACAAAAUUAGCAACAGCAUGUUGGACAAACCCAUUUACCCAACCACUCCAGUCAAGCAAGCGGAUGCUAUCGAUCGGUACUACUACGAGAACAGUGAUCAGCCCAUUGAUUUAACGAAGUCCAAAAACAAACCUCUUGUUUCCAGUGUGGCGGAUUCUGCCUCAUCUCCCCUAAGGGAGAGUGCCCUAAUGGAUAUUUCUGAUAUGGUAAAGAACCUCACAGGGCGUUUGACACCUAAGUCUUCAACUCCAUCGACUGUGUCAGAGAAGUCUGACGCCGAUGGAAGCAGUUUUGAGGAAGCUCUGGAUGAACUGUCACCAGUACACAAGAGGAAAGGCAGACAAUCCAACUGGAACCCUCAGCAUCUUUUAAUCCUUCAAGCCCAGUUUGCUUCUAGCUUGAGGGAGACCCCAGAAGGCAAAUACAUCAUGUCGGACCUUGGUCCACAGGAGCGGGUACACAUCUCUAAGUUUACUGGUCUUUCCAUGACCACAAUUAGCCACUGGCUGGCCAAUGUGAAGUAUCAGUUAAGGAGGACAGGUGGAACUAAGUUUUUAAAGAACCUGGACACAGGACAUCCUGUUUUCUUUUGCAAUGAUUGUGCCUCUCAAUUCAGGACUGCUUCUACAUACAUAAGUCACUUAGAGACACAUUUAGGGUUUAGUUUGAAGGAUCUGUCAAAGUUGCCACUAAAUCAGAUUCAAGAACAGCAGAAUGUUUCAAAAGUCCUCACAAACAAGACUUUGGGCUCACUUGGAAUUGCUGAGGAGGACUUGGGCUCCACAUUCCAGUGUAAGCUCUGUAACCGAACUUUUGCAAGCAAACAUGCAGUCAAACUGCACCUUAGUAAAACACAUGGCAAGUCCCCAGAGGACCACCUGAUCUAUGUAACUGAGUUAGAAAAACAAUAGGGUCCAGGUAAGCAGCCAGGUAUGCAAGUGACCACAGGAACAUUGCACUAAACUUCUUCAUAGUACUGCACUAGGCCUGACCUGAGCCUCUGAAAUCAGUCUUACUUUUGUUGCUGAACUGGACCUUGGUUUUUCUUACACUUAUUUUAUAGCUAUAUUUAUAUGCUCUUUGUCUGAUCUGUGCAUGGGUUUCUUUUGUUUUUAUUUUUUUUGUGAGUCAAAGUCUGACCUUUAUUUUCAACAUCUGUCCUUGAUGUUAAGCUAUACUUUGUAGAAUAUAGUGGGAGACACUAUUGAGAGACAUUAAUUUAGCCGUAAAGAAAGACACAAAGAACAAUGAUAAAAAGACAUCCUAAAAUUACAAAGUUGCCAUGACAAUAAAGGUCACAGAACCCAGUAGUGUCAAGUUUUAACCCUCUGAGGACUGUAAUAGCAUUUCUGUGCCUUUCCCAAUAAACAAACAAACAAACAAACAAAUAAAGGCUUACAAGGCAUUUCAUUCAGAUCAAAGCUGUGUCCGAAACAAAACUUAUUAAAAUAUAUAUUUUUUUUAAUUAAAUGAGCUUUUUUUUUUAAAUGCAGAACUGGUUUAUGAAGAAAACGUGCAUGCAGUUCUUGGAAGAAGGAAAGCUAUUAGUACUCAAGGGGUUAGGAAGCUACAUCUGUAGAAGAUAAAUAAUAAUAAAAAAUAGCAAACCAAGUUGCCACUAUGCCCAAACCCUCUGGAUGCUGAAAAUUGCCAUUUUUUUGGCAAAAAAGUAUGCAAGCUGUUAUUUAAAAACAAAUGUAAAAAUGCUUUUUUUCCUUUUUUUUUUCCUGUAAAAUACUGCAGUUUAUAGUUAUUUACAAAUGUUAAGCUUUGGUACAAGCUGACCUUUCUAUAGUGUGCUGCAUUGGUAAAUGAAAACAUGAAAACAAAAAAAAUGGGGCAAAUGUUGGAUCUGUUCCUUGUAAAAUUGCCAGCAUCAGCUUAAAAAAUACAUGUUACAUAUCGUACCAUUUUAAACUAUUCAACUUUCUUUGUACCUUCUGGCUGUAUGCUUUCUCUUUUAACUUUUUAUAUUGUCAUUUUAUAUUCGAGUUCUGUGUAUAUAAUGUAAAACCACACUUUUUGAAUAAAAUUUAGUUCCUGCAGCUUGAUUUAAAUAGAGAAAUUUUACCGGCACCUGCAUCUUUCCAGAUGCAUGUACUUAAAGGAACUAUCUGACAAAAAAUAAAUAAAUAAAAAUAAAGCAAGCAAUGCACUAUGAAUUAUACAUUUUGAUGUUUUAUCAUUAAUAUUGUACAGUACAUUUUGGUUCACACAAUUAAAUCCACUGUUUUCUCAAGUGUAAAAUAAACCCACAUGCAGUUCUUGAUUUA